AUGGCACAGAAAAACCAAACCGCCAGCAGUUCUGACGACCAAUCUGCCAGCGCCACACCGUCUGCACAAGACGCCUCGGAUUCCACGCAGCCUGCCACUUCGGGCGCGUCAACAUCCAAAGCAGUAUCUGCCGCCCAGAAAUCACACCAGACCGAGCUGGACGCCGCCCUUCGCAACGCUCAACCCACCAACAAGUCGUCUGCCAUGGGCUUGGACCAGUCUUCAAAGGACGCCGCCGCCAUUGAAGCUGCAAACCCUUAUGGGACGCGAUCACGAAAUCGCACUGGCUCAUCGCGCCCAAACUACGCCGAGGACAAGGAUCUCGAUGUCGACAUGUAUGAUUAUGCCCCCGAGAAGAAGGAUCAAGAGUCCAAGAAAUCGGCGCGUCACAGCAAUGUGUCGGCCGCGUCCAUCCAGGAGAGCGCGCGACCCAACGGCUCAACCCGCAAAGCCCUGCCAUCUGACGACGCAAAGUCGACCGCUCCUCAAAACGGAGCAAAGGACGUGCAGCCAGCAAAUUCCACCCCAGCAACGCAAACAUCGGCAUCGACAAACCCGUCACAACCCUCGAAAAAGCGCAAGGCGGCUUCACACGCCGCAACUGCGACUUCUCAGGCUCAUGCUUCUGCGACGACAUCAUUGCCUGGCGCCGGCAUGGGGGCAUCACGAAAAACGGUGUCGGGUCCUUACGCUAGCUCUUACGCAGAGACGAACAUGCUCAGUUUCGAGAAUUCCGGUGCAGUCCCCAGAGACGGAAAGUUGGUGGCGGAUGACGGUACCGUACUAGCACCCAAUGACAAUGUCUAUCUCGUGUGUGAGCCUCCGGGCGAGCCAUACUACCUGGGCCGCAUCAUGGAGUUUCUCCACACGCAGAAUGACAACACCAAGCCGGUGGAUGCACUUCGCAUCAAUUGGUUCUACCGGCCCAAGGACAUCGGCAAAAAGGUCAAUGAUACUCGAUUGGUGUUUGCGACGAUGCAUUCCGAUAUCAGUCCUCUGACGGCAUUGCGUGGUAAAUGUCACAUCCUGCACAAGGCGGAAAUUCCCAAUAUGGACGAAUACCGAAAAAUCUCGGACAAUUUCUGGUAUGAAAAGCUGUACGACCGCUACAUUCAGAAGAACUACGAUCUCAUCCCUACAUCGACUAUCGUGAACGUCCCUGAGAGGGUGAAGAAAGUGCUGGACGACCGCUGGAAAUUCGUUAUUGUGGAGCAGGGCCGCGGAAAAGAGUUCACUAGCGCGGUGAAGUCCUGCAAGCGAUGCAGCGGCUACUGUGCAAGCAAUGACUCGGUCGAUUGUGCUGUGUGCAAAAAGACAUACCACAUGAACUGUGUCAGGCCGCCCCUGCUUAAGAAACCCUCCAGAGGCUUCGCCUGGUCCUGCGCUGCGUGUAGUCGCGCGCAGGAACGAAAAUUAGAGGCUCGGCACACUCCUAACCCUAAUAGUCUGAAGGAGAAUGCCGGCGAUGCUGAUGAUGAGGAUUUGUAUGAUGACGACGACGAUGAGAUGCAAAUUGACACCGAACGAACGAGUCCUGCCGAUGACGACGAAGCCCAUCGUACCGGCACUGCGGAGCAGAUCUACCAAGCCAGCCUCUGGCCUUGGCGGUAUCUCGGAAUGCACUGCAGGCCCGAGGAUGCCCUUGAUUACGACGACCGAAUCUACCCCCGCGCAAGCACUCGCAUAGGUCCCAAACAUCAAGCCACUGUGCUUCCUUGGCCCGGUAAGCCUGUACAGUAUCAAAAGCCUCUUGAAUUCAAAAGAACCGGAAAGAAGGGACCCGGACUGUCGAAGGAAGCGCUUGCCGCCCUUGAGGCCGAGAAAGUUCGACGUGAGAAGCGUCCCAAGUGGGUUCAGGAUGAGCCCCCAGGUUAUGUGGCGAGAGGAGAAGAUGGCGACAGGGACGAUCCGAAUGCCACGGCUACACGCCUUUGGGCGCCUCCCCCAGCAGGUGAGAAAAGCGCUGAUUGGGAAGCCGAAAUCGACCGGUACAUGAAAACGGCGGAAAACCUAGCGCCCAAGUUCGGUCUGCCGAAUAACUCGACCAAUCUGCACGAUGUCGCUUUGGAGACAUAUUUCCAUAGUAGUUACAACGAAGACCGCGCGCUGAAACUGUUCUCGGAAGUGGACAAGUCGGCUUUCAAAGAACCCGAGUUGACGGCCACGGAACAGAAGAGGUUCGAAGAAGGCGUCGGCAAGUAUGGAUCCGAGCUUUAUCUCGUCAAGCGACACGUCAAGUCUCUUUCACCGGGAACGAUUGUGCGAUACUACUACACCUGGAAGAAAACUCAGCAAGGCAAACAGAUUUGGGGAAAUUUCCAGAAUAGGAAAAGCAAGAAGGAGGCCAAGAAGGCCGAGGUUGCUGCAAGCAAGUUGCAGGACGACAUCGCCGACGAUGCAGAUGACUCCGCGUUCGAUGGCGACAAAGCACAAAGCAAAAAGAAAGGCUUCAUGUGCAAGUUCUGCCACACCAAAUAUUCCAGGCAAUGGAGGCGGGCUCCCAACGCAUCGGGAACACCCAUCAGCGAGGGAGGAGGCAAGAAUGCCAGCAAGGACAAGGGCGGCCAGUACAUCCAAGCCCUUUGUCGCAGGUGCGCGGAGCUCUGGCGGCGCUAUGCUAUCCAAUGGGAAGAUGUGGAUGAAGUCGCCAAGAAGAUCGCUCAGGCCGGUGGUCGAGCCUGGAAGAAACGACAGGACGAGGAACUGCUCAAGGAACUCGAGGCAGCCAAGGAAAUGCAUACUUACUGGAACACUCCUCCGCCGGUCACCGCUCCGGAGCCGGCUGCAGCAGUCCCAGCGGCACCUUCGAGUGAACCUCCGCGGAAGAAGCUCAAGGGAGCUGCCCCGGAGAGAGACUCGGAGCCGCUCGCCUCAGAUUCGGCUCCCGCUGCCGCGCCUCCAAAGAAGAAAGAAAAGGCGGUCGAGAAACCGGCGCCUCCACCAGUCCCGGAAAUUCCGAAGCCCAAGACUAUGCCUUGCGCAAUUUGCGACCAGUUGGAACCCUUGGGAGAUCAGCAUCUCUCGUGUCGGGAAUGCCGGUUGACAGUCCACCGCAACUGCUAUGGUGUUGUCGAAAACAGGAACCCCGGCAAAUGGACCUGUGACAUGUGUGCCAACGACAAGAGUCCACAGGUUUCAAUCCAAUAUAAGUGUGUCUUGUGCCCCAUUGAACACACUGAGCACGAUUUUGUUGAGUCAUCCAAAAUCUCUACUUCCAAGAAGAAAUCCGAGAAGGAAAAGGAGCGCGAACGAAUGGAACGAGAACAGGCACAAAAGGCUGCAGACUAUUACAAGAAAAAACAAGAAGAGGCCAACCGCCCAGUCAACCCUCGGGAGCCGCUGAAACGAACUGCAGAUAACAAUUGGGUUCACGUCACCUGCGCUGUUUGGACACCUGAGGUUAAGUUUGGCAAUGCCAAGGCUUUGAGUCCAUCCGAGGGCAUCCCUUCUAUACCUCGUGUCAGGUAUGAUGAAGUUUGCCAGGCUUGCAGUCACAAAGGUGGUGCUUGCAUUAUUUGCCAUCAUUGUCGAGAUCCUAUUCAUGUUGAAUGCGCUCGCCAGCGAGGCUACCUCCUAGGCUUUGAUAUCACUCCCGUCAAGGGAUCUCGCCGUGACCAAUUCAAUCUCGUCACCAUCAACGGCGAAACUGGUGUCAUGUCAGCCGCAGUUUGGUGUAAAGAGCAUGUUCCAACAAAGAGCGUCAUCCAUCGGAUGCACGACAUUGUUAACGAGGAUGGCCUCAAUGCUCUACAGCACUAUGUGCAGAGCUACAAGCAGGCAGAUCUCACCUUGACUGGCACAGUCAGAAAAGCCAACCUGAUGACGAACGCUGCCAAGAUGGGAGGUGUUCCUUUGACACCAAGCACUCGGCGAGCAUCGACCACGACUGUGCCUUCCAACGGCGUUUCUCACAUUGCAAACAGCGAAACGCUGAGCAACCACCAAGCAGGAGAGAAGAUAUGCAUUACCUGCGGCAUUGACGUCGCUCUCAAAUGGUGGCCCAUCGAGAACUCCGAUGAGCGAGAACUGACCAAUGGCCACUACGGAAGCCUUGGCUCAGAGGCUCAGAAGUUUGUCGAGCAGAGAAAGUUCCAGUGUCAUAAGUGCCGCAAACUGAAGAGGAAGCCUAAUCCCCAUCCACCAAAGGAUCCAUCUCCUGUAAUCGAAGCCACGAGGUUGGUGCCACCCCCACCUCUUCCAGUUGUUCCGCCGCAUCACGCUCUGGCGGCACCUCCUCCGCCCUUGAGGAGCCCACCGACGACCGGCCCGGAGGCCAGAGCUCGCAGUCUCUCUGCGUAUGCCUGGGUAGCUCCGGCACCCCCUCCACCGCCGCCUGCCUCACAGCCUGCGGCUCCGCAUCCGCCGCCUGCGCCCGCCCCGCCGCCAGUCCAGGCCGCUGCCCCGCCGCCGCCAAAUCCGCCUCCAGCUCCUCAUCAAACUCCCGGCCCCUAUGGGCCCCCUCCGGCGCCAAGAUACGGAGAUUGGAACAGUCGCCCACCUGCUCGGCAUGGAUCGCCACCACAGCGUCCCCCUUUUCAACCAUUGGCUACUCUACGUCCGCCGCCAAUGAUGCCGAUGGCGAUACCAUCUCCGCAUACCCCCAUACCAACAGCUGUUCCCAAUGGACACAUGGGCCAGCCUCCGCACAACGUAAUGCCACCUUCACCUCUGAUGGCAGGGCCUAUGUCUCAUGGAUCCCAUGGUCCACACGGUUCGCCGUACAUGCACUCUUUUCGGCAACCCCCCCACGGAUCACCUCUCGGUUUACCAAAUGGCGGACCUCCACCAAGAGGCCCUGAGGCGUUCGCGCAGGGACUCUUACCGCAGCGAGCACCAUACAGCAGCCCUCCUGCCCAUGAUGCCGGAGGUCCGUUGAGGACACCUGGCAUGCGCCCAUCCAACGAGCCGCCUCGACCAGCUGGAGCUAGCACAAGUCCUUCUCUACGUAACUUGCUCUCCUGA